AUGAUCGUUCGGUCGACGACAACGGUCAGGGCGGUCGCCAAAGCUGCGUCGCGUAGCUGUUCCGCCCUCAACUCCUCACUCGCCGCCACCAGCUCCUCGUCCCUUCAAGCACGCAGCUAUGCCACCGUCCAGGAGGGAGCAUCUCAGCAGAGACGUUAUGGAGGUCUCAAAGAUCAAGACCGCAUAUUUCAGAACCUUUACAGCCACCAUGGCACAGAUUUAAAAUCGGCGAUGAAAUACGGCGAUUGGUACAAAACCAAGGAAAUUGUGCUGAAGGGUCACGACUGGUUGAUCAACGAGAUUAAAGCUUCUGGGCUGAGAGGAAGAGGUGGUGCGGGCUUUCCGUCGGGUUUAAAAUUUUCAUUCAUGAAUUUCAAGGGCUGGGAAAAUGACAAGAAGCCACGGUAUCUUGUUGUCAAUGCCGACGAAGGCGAGCCUGGAACAUGCAAGGAUCGAGAAAUCAUGCGCAAAGACCCCCACAAGCUCGUUGAAGGUUGUCUGGUAGUUGGCCGUGCCAUGAACGCCACCGCAGCAUACAUUUAUAUCCGAGGUGAAUUUUACCAUGAAGCAACAGUUCUACAGCGAGCAAUCCAGGAAGCAUACAAGGACGGUCUGAUCGGCAAGAACGCUUGCGGUACAGGUUACGAUUUCGACGUCUACCUCCACCGUGGCGCUGGCGCUUACGUGUGCGGUGAGGAAACAUCUUUAAUUGAAUCUCUCGAAGGAAAAGCCGGUAAACCACGACUGAAGCCACCGUUCCCCGCUGCCGUCGGUCUGUUUGGAUGUCCUAGCACUGUCACAAACGUUGAGACCGUUGCCGUAGUGCCCACGAUCAUCCGUCGCGGACCGAGCUGGUUUGCCGGCUUCGGGCGCGAGAGAAACCAAGGCACCAAGCUCUUUUGCAUCUCAGGGCACGUCAACAACCCCACCACCGUGGAGGAAGAGAUGUCCAUCCCGCUCCGUGAACUCAUUGAGAAGCAUUGUGGGGGUGUCCGUGGCGGCUGGGACAAUCUCCUCGCCAUCAUCCCCGGCGGCUCUUCGACACCCAUCCUGCCCAGGAAAAUCUGUGACGACCAGCUCAUGGAUUUCGACGCCCUCAAGGACAGUCAGUCCGGCCUCGGUACCGCUGCUGUCAUCGUCAUGGACAAAUCCACAGAUGUCGUCCGCAUGAUCGCCCGUCUAUCCCAGUUCUACAAGCACGAAUCCUGCGGUCAAUGCACACCUUGCAGAGAAGGCAGCACGUGGACGGCCAAGAUGAUGCAGAGAUUUGAGAAGGGUCAGGCGAGGGCCAGAGAGAUCGACAUGCUCCAGGAACUGACGAAGCAGGUCGAAGGCCACAGUAUUUGCGCCCUGGGCGAAGCAUUCGCCUGGCCCAUCCAAGGUUUGAUUCGACAUUUCCGCCCCGAACUCGAGGCACGCGUCAAGGAGUAUGGUCUCGCGAAUGGCGGCGAGGCACUUGCUGGAGGCUGGGAGCCGGACGCAGCCAAGAAGGGCAUGUUAAUCGCUCCAGGACAGUAG